AUGGAAGCUAUAUUUCAUGAAAAGCAGGAGGGAUCUCUGUGUGCCCAGCACUGCUUAAAUGCACUACUACAGAACCAGUAUUUCAGCGCCGUCGACCUGGCACAGAUUGGUCGCAGACUGGAUGAGAGAGAACGGGAUCGGAUGGCAGAAGGUGGCAUCGGCACAAAUGAAUAUCAACGUUUUAUUGAGGAACCAUCCAGUAACUACGAUGACAGUGGAUUUUUCUCUGUCCAAGUCAUCUCAGAGGCACUGUCGGUCUGGGGGCUAGACAUGGUUCUCUACAACAGCCAGCAUCCCGUCGCACUACAAGCCAGGGCAGAUCCAACACGUUUCUCGUGGUUCAACUUAAACAGUUUGUUGUCCGGACCAGAGCUCAUCUCAGACACAUACUUGUCUCUCUUUCUGACCCAGUUACAACAGGAAGGUUACUCAAUAUUUAUAGUGACUGGGCAGCUGCCUGAGUGCGAAGCUGACCAACUGCUGCGACUGAUGCCUGCUGUCCAGACCAUCAAGCCGAGGUUGCUGACGGAGAAAGAGGAGUGGGACGGAGCCAACAACGAGGAUCCUGAAGACCCUGUGUUGACAGAAGCUUUACAAGCCAGCAGAGAUUUGAUUGAUAGUGAUGACACGGCCCUACAGCGAGCCUUACAGUUAAGCUUGGAAGGCUAUCAUGCAGGCUCUGCUUGUGUUAAAGACAUCCGACCAGUUGUCCCCAAGAUUCCUACUGCUGACAGUGCUGCUUCGACCAGUUCCCUUCUGCCUAACCAAGAAGAACUUCGUCAGAAACGUUUGGCAGCUUUGGACAAAUCAAAUUCUGUGACGGCUGCAACUGCAGACAAAGUGGUGGAGAGUGGUGCUUCUGCAGAACUAACAGAGGAGGAACUUCUAGAGAAGGCAAUAGAGAUGUCCAUGGAGAAGAGUUGA